AUGUCGACCCCCCAAGCAGCUGGCAGCUUGGUGUACAAGCUUCCUCAACGACUACGCAACUUCUUUGCCCGCUAUCCUCCGCAAAUCUAUUCCGCGGCCGUGGCACCACGCCCAGAGCCCACAGAAGAAGUCAAUGCGGAGUCUCUCCCAUCGCCUUACACACCCAACAGAGAUGCGAAAGGUCACAAGCGGCCAGACCCCACCGAGUACUCUCCGUCCCGAGCUAUCCUUUACUCCAACCCAGAUCAUCCCAACCCAUUUUUGCCUCGCAAGAACUUCCGCACGGGCAAGUGGAUUGGCCCCAGAUAUGGACUUCGGACACAGGCCGAUCUGGUGAAACUGGCUAAGAAGUACAACGUUGAGGCUUUACUACCUCCAGGCCGCAAAUCGACCGAGUUUAAGGAGACGAGAAGGGAGGAGCGAGGAUUACAGAUCAAGGGUACCGGUAUUGGACAGAAGGUCAAGGGUCACAAGUGGGAACGGACAAUGGAGUCCCGCUUGGAGGAGAGACGCAAGGCUAUGAUGGAGAUGCCAGAGAUGAUUCGGUUGUGGAAGCAGAGAGGUCACGGUCGUGGCUGGAAGCAAUGGCCCAAGAGGUAA